GUACUAGUAUGACGUUCAUGAACUUCUUCGGUAUGAGGGAGGUGCUACCUCUUGAUAUAUAAUAUCACAGAAUAUCCGAGUCUUCUGGCCAGCUGCAAGCCUCGGUGCCGAAUUACAGCGACUUCCAUCGACGACACGCUUUCAUAGAGUUCAACUAGGAAUUCAGGCCGCUCGAUGCAAAACAACUACGAGCAAGCUGAGAUACUGGCGGCGGUCACUUGUCUGGCAUAGACCUUGAUCCUCAGCUCUCUUCCUGGGUCACAAGUAUUCUUCAGCCCUCGUGUCUCACUGGACGUUUGAUGGAGUGACAGGUGACCUAGGUGACCGUGAGGUUUCUUCAAGCUAGCUUACACGGCACGCCUCAUGCUUAUCUUCAUGUAAUGACAAUGUGUAUUUAUAAUAGGCCGAUGGUGCUCCGAAUCUUCCUCAGCAAGCCUGGCCCAGUAUUCGCUGUUCCCAUCUCGUUCCGUAUGAACUCCCAACUGUCAGAAGAAUCUACGAAGGGGGACAAGGAAAAGGUUGAGGAGAUCAAAGGAGCCAACCCUCAACCUUUAAACCUUCAGCUUGACACUGGUGAUGAGUAUACCAACUUUCGUCGAAAAUGGUGGCAGUUGUGGUUACCUAAGGACCCGCCACCUCCAGCUCCCCCGUCUCUGGAGGAUGCAGCGCUGACGCCUUUGGCCAAUGCUUCCAUUUUCUCUCAGCUCACCUACUCCUGGGUCACAGAUAUAACGAUUCUCGGAUAUCAGCGCACACUACAAGCAUCUGAUCUAUACAAAAUGGAUCCAUCCCGAGAGUCAGCCGUCCUCGCCACUAAACUUGAAGCUGCAUGGCAGCAGCGUGUUAAGGCAGCAGCCGAAUGGAAUGCACGACUUGAGAGUGGGGAGCUCAGACCGUCUCUCCUCAAACGUACCGGCUGGGCCAUGCGUGCAAUUUCAAGGAAUGACCAGAAACAAGGCGCGACUUGGUCUGAGCGAUAUGCAGCAUCUCAGAACCGUUGGCGAGAAUCCGAAGGGCGGAAAGAGGCCAGCCUCGCUUGGGCUUUGAAUGAUGUCUUUCGUGGGAUGUUCUGGAUUGGAGGUAUAUUCAAGGUCUUUGGUGAUACUGCGCAGCUCAUGGGUCCAAUUGUCCUUCGGCAAAUCAUUCUCUUUGCGCAGGAGCGUUCCGCUGCAAUCAUUGCAGGAACACCUGGCCCUAAUAUCGGUCGUGGAGUUGCCAUGGCCUUUGGGCUCUUUGGGCUCACUGUGGUGGCCAGCAUCUGCACCCACCAGUUCUUUUGGCGUUCGAUGGCAACAGGGGUUCUGGCCAGAGCCGCGCUGAUAACAUGUAUUUACGAGCGUGGAGUGAACCUGACGGGCAAAGCGCGCGUUAAAAUCAACAACGCUACGCUCGUGAAUCAUAUUUCUACUGAUGUGAGCAGGGUUGACGCGUGUGCGCAGUGGUUCCAUGCAGCCUGGACCGCGCCUAUUCAGGUCACAGUUUGUUUAAUCAUUCUCUUGACUGAACUCGGGCCAUCUGCACUCGCUGGUUUCUCACUGUUCAUACUCAUGAUUCCGAUUCAACAGUGGUUAAUGACACUGCAACAUCGUAUUCGCUUAGUGUCAAUGCAGUGGACUGAUCAACGAGCUAAAGUUCUGCUAGAAGUACUUGGGGCUAUGCGGGUCGUCAAGUACUUUUCAUACGAGGUUCCUUUCCUUCAAAGAAUUUUCGACCUUCGAAAGAAGGAACUGCAUGGUAUUCGAUGGAUUCUUCAUCUAACUUCGGCGAACUUGGCGCUCGCGACUUCGCUGCCAGUCCUCGCUACCACACUAGCUUUCGUCACGUACACCCUCACAGCCCAUGACUUCAACGUUGCUGUCAUAUUCAGUUCGCUGAGUUUGUUCCAGCUUCUCCGGCAACCAAUGAUGUUCAUGCCUCGUGCUCUAUCGGCUAUCCCCGAUGCAUCCAGCGCGCUUCAGCGGCUCACACGGGUGUUCCACGCGGAGCUUAUUUCCGAAAAUACACUCUUGAUUGACAAGGACCAAGAACUCGCGCUUUUGACGAAGGACGCAACAUUUGAGUGGGAGUCCUAUGAAAGAGAUUCUGGUGAGGCUUUUAGCUCGAAGGGUGUACGCGGCGGUCCAUCGAGGGGUAAGGGCAGGAGUGUGAAAGAGGACAUGGCGAAGGAAAAGCCUGCUCCUGGAAAAGAUACACCUCCUUUCCAGGUAAAGAAUGUGACCAUGACAAUUCCACGAGGUCAACUUGUUGCUGUAGUUGGGCCUGUUGGGAGCGGCAAGUCCAGUUUAUUGCAAGGACUGAUAGGUGAGAUGAGGAAGGUCUCCGGGCAUGUCUCGUUUGGCGGUCGCGUUGGAUAUUGUCCGCAGACCGCAUGGAUCCAGAAUGCUACAUUGCGUGAUAAUAUUACUUUUGGUCAACCAUUCGAGGAGGACAGAUACUGGCGCGUUAUUGAAACCGCUUGUCUACUUCCAGAUCUCCAACUGCUCCCAGAUGGGGAUUUGACUGAGAUCGGAGAAAAGGGAAUCAAUCUCAGCGGUGGCCAAAAGCAGAGAGUCAACAUUGCUCGUGCCCUGUACUUUGAACCUGAAAUCGUCAUAUUUGAUGACCCACUCUCAGCAGGCGAGCUAUUGGACGCUCAUGUCGGAAAGUCGUUAUUCCAAGAUGCCAUCGUGGGUGCCCUGCGAAAUCGCGGCAUUACCGUCAUUCUGGUCACGCAUGCGAUCCACUUCCUCUCCCAGGUAGAUUACAUCUAUACCCUGAACAACGGCGUCAUCACAGAGAGUGGAACCUAUGAGGAUCUGGUCUCUCAAGGUGGUGAUUUUGCGCGUUUGGACCUAGAGUUCGGUGGCCAUACGUCGGAGGGGGAAGAUGCAGACCAGGAAGACCAGGAAGUCACUCCGCAGACAGGCAUUACGAUCGAGGAUGUGAAGCUGAAGUCAGAAAGAGCCAGAGAACGGGCUUCUGGCAGUGGGAAACUCGAAGGUCGCUUGAUCGUCAAAGAGAAGCGGUCGACGGGCUCUGUGUCCUGGGGAGUGUACUGGACAUACUUGGCUGCGGGACGCGGUUCAAUAACAGUUCCCCUGCUUGUUCUCUUCAUGCUUGCGAUGCAGGGAAGCCAGAUCUUGAACUCGUACACGCUAGUUUGGUGGGAGGCCAACAAAUUCGACAGACCAAAUUCGUUCUAUCAAACGCUGUACGGCUGUCUAGGGAUUGCUCAAGCGAUCUUCAUGUGCUUGCUUGGUGCUGGAAUGGAUUUCAUUUCAUAUUAUGCAUCUCAAAGCCUGCACCACAAGUCCGUACGCAACGUCUUCCAUGCGUCUAUGUCCUUUUUUGACACUACACCUAUGGGCCGAAUCCUAAGCAUUUUUGGCAAAGAUAUCGACGGUAUCGACAAUCAACUACCACAAUCAACGAGAUUGCUUGUCAUCAUGCUGUCCAGCGUGAUUGGCUCUGUCAUCAUCGUUUCUAUCCUUGAACCGUACUUUGUUAUUGCUGUGUUCUUCAUUGCUAUCGGUUACGGCUACUUUGCUGCCUUUUAUCGAGCUGGUGCUCGCGAAGUCAAGCGUCUGGACUCUAUGCUUCGCUCUCUUCUGUAUGCCCACUUUUCGGAGACCUUAACAGGACUGCCCACAAUCCGCAGCUACGGAGAAAUGAAGAGGUUUAUUGCUGCCAAUAGAUACUACAUUGAUCUGGAGGACAGAGCUCUAUUCCUCGUGGUCACGAACCAGAGGCAAGUAACCUUCAAAUGGCUUGCAAUGAGGUUGGACUUCAUGGGAGCCAUAUUAGUUUUCCUUGUUGCUCUUCUCGCGGUGAUCGACGUCUCCGGGAUAAACGCCGCUCAGAUAGGGUUGGUGUUGACGUAUACCACCUCGCUGUCGCAAAUGUGUAGUCUGGUAACCAGACAGACAGCAGAUGUUGAGAAUUACAUGAAUUCAGUGGAGCGAUUGGUACAGUACGUCGCAGGCGAUACGGUACCUCAAGAGGCUCCGUAUGAGAUCGAAGAACGAGGGCCCCCGACGCAAUGGCCUGAACAUGGUGCCGUCGAAUUCAACGACGUUAAGAUGGCUUACAGGCCGGGCCUUCCCAACGUAUUGAAGGGCAUCUCCAUCAAGAUUAGGGGAGGCGAAAAGAUAGGCGUCGUUGGAAGGACUGGUGCUGGCAAAUCUUCGUUGAUGCUUGCACUGUUUCGAAUUGUUGAGGUGUCUGAUGGUUCAAUCACUAUUGAUGGUGUCGAUAUAUCCACACUUGGUCUUAAAGAUCUCCGCUCCAAGAUUUCGAUUAUCCCACAAGACCCCCUUCUAUUUAGCGGGACCAUACGCUCCAACCUGGAUCCAUUCUCUCAACACAGUGACGCGGUGCUAUGGGAUGCGCUGCAUCGAUCUUGUCUGCUUGAUUCUAGUACCACCUCGAAACAGUCAUCUUCUAGUGAUGGCGUCGGGAGCGAGCAAGCUCCCACCAAUCGCUACGACCUUGACAGUACUAUUGAGAGUGAGGGAGCGAAUCUCAGCGUUGGGGAGAGAUCUCUGCUCAGUCUGGCUCGUGCGUUGGUGAAAGACUGCAAAGUCGUUGUGCUUGAUGAGGCCACAGCCUCUGUCGAUCUCGAUACUGAUAGCCAGAUCCAGCACACUAUCCAGACGGAAUUCCAGGAUCGCACGCUACUUUGUAUUGCCCACCGACUUCGUACUAUCAUUUCAUAUGACCGGAUUCUGGUUCUUGACGCUGGCCUUGUUGCUGAAUUUGAUACUCCAUCCAAUCUUUUCAAAAUGGAAGGUAGCCUUUUCCGCGGAAUGUGUGAGAGGAGCAAUAUCUCGUUGAAAGAUAUACUAGAGUCGAGUAAACAGCUUUAGAUGGCCAAGUCUGUUGAUUUCUUUUCAUAUUGCAUACAAGUCACUGAUAGCGGAAGAGCCGCCUACAUUUCCAAAAGCCUUUCGGAACUGUGGACAGUCGUGCUUUUGAUUUCGACAUCAUGCAGUACGGCAUUGCAGUGUGCAGGUAUCUCUUGUAAUUCUAAAGGUCAGGAGGUGAACAGAUCGCUUUCUUGAAUAAUCAUCACGACAGAUCCUCGACCAAAUGUGUCCUCUCUGCAGACCACUUGGCAAGUAUCGCCCUACACAGUAUUGCUAGUUGGUACAUGUACACGCUCCCGGAAGACAAUCGAAGCCAUGCUAGUUUCGCCGUCGGAGUCAGCGACGAGUUUUGCGUGAUAUUCUCGAACACUAAGGAUGAGGCGUCCUCCCAGUAUCUGCA